AUGCCCGUUAAGCAAAUGCUGGUCGCGGUGAACGAAGGGCUCGGAUUCGGCCUAAUAGCCAUUGUGGCGCUUAUUACGAUUCUCAACGUGAUCCUUGGAGUGGUGCACUUCUCACUUGUUCUGGCUUAUACCGGCAGACCUCGUUCCAAUUCGAUGUCAAGAAGGGCACGCUUGUCCGCUGACCGAAGCGUUCUGCUCGACGAUCAAAGUAUGAUGCCAUUUAUGCCAGAUGAAGAUGAAGAUCCAAGAUUCGGCUAUGUUACAAUGCCCCGUGACGGUAGCAAGAAAACUUACGGCAAAAUGGUUCUCAUCUCUCCGUCCAAAUCUAGGUGUGUUCAUUGGUAUCAUUGA